CCCACACGCCUCAGCGCUCAAUCAGUCCAUUGCGCCGUGCAAUCCACACAGGCGCACCCACCCAGCCUACUCACGAUAUUAGAUAAUGCUGAGUGAGACUCUCGGCAUCGUGACCGACUACGAGCCGCCCUCUGCCAUCUCGCCAAAGCGCAGCGAAUUGUAUUCGAACCGUGCAGUCGUACAAGCGGCUAGAUGGGUAUCCCUCACCGCAGCCUCGCCAGCCCACCGCCAACCACAACCCCAGCACCCAAGCACCCAAGCACCCACACACAGCGCAAAAGCGCACCUUGCUUAUGCAUGCAUCUGUCCGCAAGCGCGCCCAGCCUCCCACAGCGCCGUCAGAAAAGCUUAAUGAAACGCUUCACCCACGCUUCACCCACUCCAGGCUAGCGCAGGGCGAAGACAGCAGCGUAUUUGGUGGCGCUGCAGCGUGUAAACAUGAAACGAAUCGAUAUCUUAGCAUGGGGAGGGAUGCUUGGAGCGAGGCUUCAGGUUUG